CCAUGACUAGACGCGUCAUGCAGUCGUCUGCUGCAGCAGCUGGCUGUUGACAGUGUGGAACGUUUGUUUUGUACAGUUUCAUUCUCUCUCUUUCCAUACGAUAACUGAAAGUGUUUUCCGUGUCUCCUAUCUUCUUUACGGGUAUUUAAUUCAUUUCAUCAACAUGUCGCAAAAACAACAGAAAGGUAAACAAGGAACAAAAGGUAUUAAGCAGAUUGUUGAGGAAAACCAACAAACGCUAAGCUUUUACCGUAAUAUGGUAUUCAUUUCCAAUGCAGUCUUUUUGUCCGUAACGUGUGUUCUUUUUGACCUCUUCACUACAAUCAAUAUAGUUAUGCUCAUAAUUUCUGCAUUAAUUUAUGUUGGGAGUUAUCAGUUUAUGGUCUACAUGGCUAAGGCUAAAUAUUCAGAUUCUGGCCAGCUAUUUGAUAGUGGGGUUGAUCUAAAUAUGGAAGGUGGAAUAGCAGAGCAUGUAAAGGACCUCAUCAUUUUAGCAUCUAUUUCCCAGUUGCUCUCGUUGUUCUCCAACUACUUCUGGUGGCUUUUGGCACUGGCUCCAGCUAGAGGAUUCUGGAUGUUGUGGAAGAAUAUUUUAGGGCCAUGGUUCUUCCAGCCGGCCCCAGAAGACCCCCAAACGGAUCCAAAGAAGCAGCGUAAAAUGGAGAGAAAAAUGGCCCGAGGCCGCUAUUGAUGAAAAAUAUUUGCUCAAUUUCAUGUUAUGCAAUGUGCCAAAUUUGAUAAGGUUUGAUACUGUUUUUCAUCUUUGGGCUGACAACUUUGCUCAAAAAUAGGAAUGGAUUAAGCUAUUUCCUUGUCUUUCUAUACAUUUUUUCAAUGAAGUGUUUCACAGGAUA